AUGGAGAAAUUGUAUACCAGGCUCCCCAUGUUUGAACAACGGGGACCUGAGAUAUCUCGCUUUCGACAGUUUCUUAAUUUCCUGGGAUGCUUGAUUGUAAUCCCAGUCUACUCAUAUAUCACCGGUUAUACACGUCACCCGUUAACUUUGGACAUUCUGUUGACAAUUUUUGCCGCGGAGUACAAUCGUUUUUCAAAUGAAAACCGUCGCCGACAAAUACGAAGUCCUGCCCAAGCUACUCAAGAUGUCGAAAAGGGAAGCCAUAUUUCUGGAAAUCACGCUCAGGAGUCAGAGUGUAUGGCUGCAAUUGUCGGCUAUCGUGAAGAUCCCGAGUUGUUCUCCCGUGCUUUGGAUAGUUACAAGGGUGUAGCAGAGUGUCGCUUCCUCCUUGUGGGCGUUGACGGCAAUGAACAGCCUGAUAUGGAGAUGGUUCGGGUGUUCAAACAGGUAUUUCCAGACAGAUGUGCAGUCAUUCAUAUUGAUGAGCCGCUUGGUGAAAUGGCGAUGCAGACUUUUGAGAAGCUAUCAGCUCUUGACGGCGACUCAAAAGCUCCGCAGAAGUAUAUGGAGACGGCUAUUGCCCAUUGCUGCCAGGUGGCUCGAGAGAUCCUAGCAGAGCAUGACUUGAGACUAGAUCAGCCCGAUGGGGUCAGAAAGUUGUGUCUUUAUCAACCACACCUCCAUAAGAAAGGCAUUAUGUUUACAGCCUUUAUCUUUUCGAUCGUUAUCUCUGAAAUGAUCGGGGUUGAGUAUCUUUGGUCGUCUGACUCGGAUACAAUUAUUCUACCUGACUCUCUCCGUAGCACUAUUGAGACGAUCAGCGGCGACCCUCAUGUUGGAGGAGGAAGCUCGGGACUAAUUGUUCAUAAUGAGAAUGAUACCAUAACCACCAAGCUUGGUAGCGUUGUCUACUGGUCUGAGCUGUACAUGACGCGUUCUACUUCAACAGCUUCAGGUACUAGUGACUGCCAGAGUGGUCCCAGUUCAGCUUUUCGCAUCAGCGCCCUUCCAGCUGUGUUGUACCCGUGGUACACCCAGACAGUGCUUGGACAUCGCAUGAUUGUUAAUGAGGACCGUCAUCUCACUACCAACCUACUCAUGCGCGGGUGGACGGUGACUUAUGUGUCCGAUACAUUGACUGCAACCGACACUCCAACUACACUUAGCCGAUGGAUCAUGCAACAGGUGCGCUGGAGCCGCGCCGGCCACAUUGAAUCUUUCCAACAACCAAAAGUGUACCUCCUGACCCACCCACUUUUCUUCUGGGCUGCUGUAAAGCGAGAAAUUGGCCCUCUGCUAGGCUUUGGCUACGUCCUCUACUAUCUCAUUACUGGGAAAUGCUUCGCCUAUUUUAAUUGGUACGAUGUGGGCAUUCGUGUUGCGUAUACACUUUUGUAUAAUUUCUUCCGCAAUCCAGACCGGGGCCCGACUAACUACUGGCUCUGGAUUGGACCGGGACUUCUAUUCUACAAUAUACCCCUUCCGAUGAUUCAUCUGUGGAGUUUGAUCACGGUUUUCCAAGACGGAUGGGGAACCUCCAUGCGGUCGACUGGGGAAAUGUCUAAGCGUGGCCAGGCCUGGAAACGAUGGAAGGAUUUGGGGUUCUUCGUUGUUUGGAUGGGCAUUGUCGGUGGAGUAGUCGCCAGAAUGGCGGCUCAAAUGGCUGGGUGGGAUGAGAUUCGUAUAAUCAAGGCUAUUGCUUUGGGUGUCGUGAUUCCGUCAGCUAUAUCAUUCUAUGGGCUGGUGGUUUGUGAGUGA